CUGCAAACCAGCCUUAUUAUUUAAGUCACACGCGGUAAAGUACAUGGAGUUCUUUUCGAUCAGAUUUCUUUUUUUUUUCCCCCUCUCUCCCCAAAACGCAUCAUGUAAUACAUCAAUUUAAAGCGCUUUUCAUGCCAUUCACAGAACUAAAAACCUAUUUUAAAUAGUCCCAAAAUAUUACCGUUAAUUAAAGGUGGAGCCCUUAGGAAAAUGUUCUGAACUUCAUCGCUUAACUAAUAAUGGUAGUAUAUGGUAAGUACAAAAAGGGUUAAAUCAAAAAUCAUUGAUAGUACACUGCAAAUUUAUAACGUCCUAAACAGAUUAUAUAUUAAAUCUAGUCAAAUUUCUCCAUCUUGUUUUGAGUGUUACAGACAGUAAAUAUCACUAUUUGUUCUUAUUAAACCCCAUACAUCUAAAAGUUGGUCAUUUUUCACCUAAAUCAAGAAAAAUCUGCUUUCACGUAAUCUUUUGAACAAUAUAUUCAUGAAUUAAGAACAUUUCUAAAAAGCUUUUUUUUUUUCUAUUAUUAUUUUAUUUUUAUUUGUAUUUUUUGUAAAGAUUAAGUAUUCUACUACAACCCCUAGCAAAAAGUGAAUCACCAGUCUCGGACGAGCACUCACUCAGACAUUUUAUUAUGUAGAACAAACUGGGAUAAAAUGCUGGAAAAAAUAAAGAGUUGCAUUUUGAAGUAAUUCAUUAGCAUUCAGAAACACUAAAAGAAAUGAAUUAAAAAACAUUGUGGUGGUCAGUAAAUGUUACUUUUAUAGAGAAGGUGCAGGGAAAUAUAGAAACACUUUAUUCUGAGGAAAGAUAUAUGGAAUCAUGAGAAAUAAAGAAAUAACAAUCAAAACACAUAUGUAGUAUUCAGUUGCACCACCCCUGUAUGGAGGACCAGGAGUGCAAAAAUUCAAUAAAUAAAUACACGAUUAAAUAAAUAUUUAAAAGUGUCAAUAAAAUGCUUUUAUUUCAAUAUUUAUUUAUUUAUUUCAAUUUUUAUUUAUUUAUUUCAUCGUUUAUUUAUUUCAAUUUUUAUUUAUUUAUUUCAUCAUUUAUUUAUUUAUUUCAACAUUUAUUUAUUUCACUUUUUAUUUAUUUCAUUCUUGCACUCUUGUUCCCCGUGUGGCCGCAUGAAAUAAUUUUAUCUGUCAUUGGCUCAUCAAACCCGGUGGGCGGGCGUGAACUAGGCGGGGUUUGAGUUGAUCGAGUAAUAAGCGAUUGCUUCGUCCCAUUUCUUCCCAACGUGGCGGCAUUUUCUGAGAUUUUGCAUGAGCUCUCUUGGGACGUUAGAUUUCUCAGAACAAAUUGAAGCAGGACAUUUGGACCCUGAGUACGUGUCCUACAAAACACAGCAAUCAAUUAACGUUAUUGGCAUCAUCUCGGCUCUGUCAGAUCAAGAUGUUGAUCGAGUGUUCGAUAGUUUAGAACUGCGGUCAAGCCAGCCUCCACUCGUAAAAACGAAGUCAAACCAGCCGCCCCUCAUUUGGAUUAUUGUUUGCAUUAUGUGCAUUACGGUAAUGCAAUGCGCUGGCUUCAGAAUGCAAAGAGGUGGCUUCAGAGCGCAAGUCCCUUUAUUAAAUAUAUGGGGAAAAAACGGUGACCUAUUCGACAACAGGUCCACUUUAGAGAGACACUGGAGCACCCCUAGACCCAAACUAAAUCAUUAUCAUGUAAAAAUGAUGUCGGAGUUCAGAGUAAAACUACUUAGAAAACUGCUAGUUAUUUCUGUCAUUUAGCUUUAUUUCAAAACUUGAUUAAAAAAAUAAAUAAAAAAUAAAAUCUGGUAAAUAUCCAAGGACCGUUCCACUUCUGAGUUAUACUAGAGUUUCUCGUAUGCAGACAUCAGCCCGUUUAAAGGCGCUGGCCCGCGCGUUGUAGAAGCCACAGACUGGACUCCACCAUGGGCUGCUGGUGGAGUUCUCCUCAGAGUGUCCUCGAUUAAAUUUGCUGCUUCUCUGAGCAGCGCCAGGCACAUUUUGGACAUAUGUAUGUUUUGCUUGGACAACACGCGAAAUGCGUCAAAGCCCACUACCGCUACGCUGACCACGCUCGUGACGCUACUAAUCUUCAUCGUCUUUGUGAUUUUGAGGGAGCAAUUAUUUUUCAGAUUGUACGGAUCUACACUGCCACCUUAUGUUGUUGUCACCUAUGUCAUCACGACCACCUGAGCCGCCAUCUUUCGUGUAUCUCAGUGACCUGGACUACAUCCGCCCCGGUCACGUUUGUUUUGUUGACAAUUUUGCGGGUAAGCAGCCACGCGAAUGUCACAUCAAAAUGGGAAAAAGCCAGAAGAACGACAAGACUCCUUAUGUGGAGAAGUUUGAAAAGGAAGCGAGAGAUCGAUAUUUGUCAGUUAUGGUGCCUCUGCUGUGGUCUGGAGACCAAAGAUGGCAUGGUUGCGUGUGAUAAUGAGAUCUGCCCCAUUAUUAUUUAACCUGUGUUGGUCUACACCGCAUGAAACAGAUAAAGACAUGUGUUGGUUCUGCUCUCUGUGCUCCACUUAAGUUAGUGGUGGUUGGUAGUUUGUGAUUUGUUUUAACUGACAAUUUGGCAACAUUAAAAGUACCUGGCCAAAGUAGUUAACUGUCGUCCUUUGUAUAAACAUUAUUAUGCGUGUGUGUGUGUAUAUAUAUAUAUAUAAUACAGUAUUGACACAUGCUGUACUUACAAAGAAUAGGAUUCAAGAUGACUUAAUAUGUUUUAUUAAAUACAAUCAAGUCACAACAAAAUACAAAAUAUCAAUAACAGCUAAGUUUGAAAGGCUGAAACGGUUAGCAUAAUAAAUGUUAUAACAGUACAAACUACACAACAGUUGGGCAAAGGUUUGUAAGGGCACCGCAUACAUAAACAAUCUUAUCCAACAAUGUGCAAUCUUCGCCGUCACAUGGCAGAACCAAGUUAAUAGGUAUAGUUCCUGUUGGAUCUUAUACUUCUGGCAAAGAUUACCAAUUACCCGUUCAACAUGGAUCCUCAAAUGUGCUAUCUUCCUAGUCUCCUCCACAUCUCUACCAGCUGACAGCGACCUUUUGUGAACGUAGGGAGUUUGACCUCUGCACAUAACAUACCCACAUGUUCUUGAAUAUCAAAACCUCUGUCAGUCAAGACAAUGUCCCCGGGCAAAAGGUUAUUAAAAAAAAGCACUGUUCAAGGUGAUAUGUUUGUCACUUGUGUGACCACCCCAACCUUUUGAUAUCAAACAAAUUCCCCCCUUUCGUGUGAUUCCAGUUAGGUAUUUCAUGGUGUAGUUAUGCUUGUAACUAGAAAACAUUUGCGCAUGCGCCUUAAGAUUUGAUGGUUUCUCUGUAAAAAUUUUAAAAAACUCAAUAAUCACUGCAACUCUGCGUCUGAAGAACUCAACAAACUCGUGAGGCACUGUUUUAUAGAGUGUUUCUCUGUUGGGCCAAACAAUUGCUCGUCUCAAGUUAGCAUGUAAAAAGGGCACCAUGCCACUGAACACUCAAUACACAGUCUUACGGGAAACAUGGAAUAUGUGUGCAAUGUGUAGUGUAGGCAGGUCCAAACGCAGGCGCAUGAAGGUCAGAAGGAGGGCGCUGACGGCUCCUCCUUUAGCUCACCAACGUCUUCCUCCAUCCUCAAUUUUUCACGCCUACUUCGCCUAGAAGAGUGGUCCACGUUGGUGGGCUGAACACAUGUGUGUCCCAGGCGUAAGUAUGGUGCCCAGUCAGGGUCUGCCUCACUUAUUUCAUAUGCUGGUUUUCCUGAAAUUAUAAAAGUCGUAUCAGUCAUACAACAGGCUAACAUUAGUAACUUAAAAUGGAUUUUAAAGCUUUGUAGUGAGUCUAAACUGGUGGGACCUGCCCUCAUGUGGCACUGAUUUGUAUGCAACAGACUUUUUAUUUAUUUAUUUAUUUAUUUUAAGUUUAACUGAUCAUUAGGCAUAACAAACAAGCAGAAGAUUCUUCUGGUGAUUUAGUAGAUCUGUAGUCUCCUCCACAGUGUGCUUGGUCAAGCAUAUCAGUAGCCUAAGCGGGAGGUAAAUAUCGCAUUUUUUUCUAACACAUCUCCCAUACUUAUAAUCAUUCAUUGUGUGCUGUUACAUCUUCAUUACUACCCUUACUUUGUUACCUUUGAACUGUUUUUUUGUGUACUAGUACCAUACGAUGAACGCCUGUUGCUUAUGCACAGUUAGCCAGUAGGGCUACAGUUAGCCUCUCUUAGACACUAGCGUGGUUAGCCAAAGUAAACAACACAACCACACGCCAUAAGCGUUUGAAUGCAGUCAGUAUCAGUAUCCGAAGAACAUUAACACUUCCAGUUACUUACCUUUAUGGAAAUGUAGGGAACAGACCGACAUGUUUUCAGUUGAUGAAUAAAAAGUGAUGGCCUUUCUUCUCACCGCUGCAACCAUUCGAAGCCUCUUGGUCAACUUCUCUUCCAGGCGGGAAUGCUAAAAAAAAACCCUAUCCCAUCCUUUUUGCAUUCGUUUCUAUCAUGGGACCUAGAAUGGCAGUCUUUCACACAACACGAGUGUACCAUUUUCAACGAUUACCACGCAGAAUGGAUGCCUAGCAAAGGAUCACGUCGCGGGCUUGUUGUUGUUCUGCAAUACACGAAAACCCACAAUGCAUUGCGCCAGAAACGUCACGAGACAAGAACCGUCUCAGGCGUCAAUCUAUUAUCUGAGAUCGACUAGUUAAGACUUGCUUUGCUGAGCAACCAAUCAGACGUUAGAAACUUUGACGAGCAAACGUGACAGAUAAAAUUAUUUCAUGGAUGCACCUCCAGAGGAACAAGAGUGCAAGAAUGAAAUAAAUAAAAAGUGAAAUAAAUAAAAGUUGAAAUAAAUAAAUAAAUGAUGAAAUAAAAAAUAAAUAAAAAAGUGAAAUUAAUAAAUAAAAACUGAAAUAAAUAAAUAAAAAUUGAAAUAAAUAAAAGUUGAAAUAAAUGAAUAAAAAUUGAAAUAAAUAAAAAUCGAAAUAAAAUUUGAAAUAAAUAAAUAUAAAUUGAAAUAAAUAAAAAUCGAAAUAAAUAAAUAUAUAUAAAUUGAAAUAAAUAAAUACAAAUUGAAAUAGAUAUUGAAAAAAAUAAAUAAAUAUUGAAAUAAAAGCAUUUUAAUGAAACUUUUAAUUAUUUAUUUAAUUGUGUAUUUAUUUAGCGAAUUUUUGCACUCCUGGUCCUCCAUACCCCUGGCUUUUAUGACCACGUGCAGUCUCUGAGGCAUGGACUUGAUGAGUAUUCUUCAUCAAUUUGGUCCCAUCUCUCUUUGAUUGCAGUUGACAGAUCAUCCUUGCAGGUCGGAGCCUUGCUGUGGACUAUUUUUUUUUUUUUUUUUUUUCAAUUUCCACCACAGGUUUUCAAUAGGGUUUACAUCUGGGCUAUAUGCAAGCCAUGACAUUGACUGGAUGAGUCUUUCUCUAAGGAAUGUUUUACCAGUUUUAACUCUGCGGCAUGACGCAUUGUCAUCUUGGAAAAUGACAAACAUAUUUUCAAUUGAAGGGAUAAGAAAGUGUAAAAUUUUAAUGUAAAUUUGUGCAUUUUUUAAAAGAUUUAACAACAGUGCCUUUGCCUGACAUGCAGCCCCAUAUCAUCAAGGACUGAGGGAAUUGUGAUGUUUUCUUCAGGCAGUCAUCUUUGUAAAUCUCACUGGAACUGCAUCAAACAAAAGUUCCAGCAUCAUCACCUUGUCCGAUGCAGAUUCUGGACUCAGUCCUUGAUUGCCUCUCCUAAGCCCAUUGCAGUCUUGUUCUUUUCUGUUUAAGUGUCAAUGAUGGUUUCCUUUUAGCUUUCCUGUAUGAAAAAUGUCCUUUUGGCGAUUUUGCACAGUUCUGCCACAUACCUUGACCCCAGCUUCCUCCCAUUUCUUCUUCAUUUGUCUUGUUGUACAUCUUCCAGGCAUGAAAAUCUCUCACCGUUCGGCGAAAUUCGACGUUUUGAAGUCAAAAAGGGUGACCUACGUGAAUUGUUUAGAUCCGAGGAGAAAAUUUUUUAGGGGGGGGGGGGUAGUCGGGAGUAGGCAUGUGCCGGUUAACGGUUUCCCAUGGUAUGAAAAUGUCGCAGUUUGUGUGUCAGUGACGCUAUUCCAGCGAACCCACAAAAACAAACACUCGAAACACAAGGCGUACUUUUCUUCAAUUUAUUGAGCUCUCAAAGCGUGGUAACUGAAAUAUACAAAAUGAAUACAUUUAAAACGUUGUACACAAGUAUUUUUCCAUGUGUGAGUAGCUUCAACAGAUUAGCACCAUGAAAAAGUUAGCCAAAAACAAAACACACAUUUUCCUUUCAAAUUCAAUAUUCAAACUAAAAACUUACAAAGACGAAUGUUAGCCUAGGCUUAGCUGGGAGAGCGACUUCAUUGAGGUUAUAAUCACAGCCGCUGAGUGAGAAACAAGUUUGAAGUGGGGAAAAAUAAUAGCGUCAAAGAUUGCUAAUUGCGACAGAUGAUCUUGCCCUAAGCACAAAUUCACGUUCGCUGGACGAGGAGAGGUAUCACUCUCAAUAUUUUUUUAGAUGAAUGCAUUUGCCAGCAUAUUGAAUUUGGUGAGUAAUGGUUUUAAUCGUUUCAUAUUUUGCGGUAUAGCAAUGUUACUGCCGUUCAUUGCAGCUUGCGUCGAACACUGCCAGAGCUAGCCAAAUCUCUGGUUAAAAAAAAAAAAAAAAAAAAAGCUCCCGUUAAGUUAGCGUCAAACUUGUGUAUUUAACGUUAAUAUAAAACAGGGGUGUCCAAACUUUUUGCAAAGGGGGCCAGAUUUUGUGUGGUAAAAAUUUGGGGGGGUGGGCCGACCUUGGCUGACGUCCUUUAUGUAUUAUCUAUAUCGAACAAUAUAUUUAAGCAAAUUUCAGCAAGCCAUUCUGUGUGUCACAUUUGCUUUAUUAUUUUUUUAAUUAAUAAUUUCAACAAUCCCGCAACUAACCUUUGUGGCAUUCUCUUUCCACUGUCGGGCUCUUGCGAAAUACUGCUGCUGUGAAAUUAAACUAGCUUCAAGUUGCUUCAAUUUCUCGCUACGUAUCGUCACUGCAAUCUUGUCGUACAGGUCACCGUGUCUUGUUUGGCAAUAUCGCCUCACAUUGAAUCCUUUAAAAACAGCAACUGCUUUUUUGCAAAUGAGGCAGACCGUUGUUGCGUAUUUUAGUGAAGAAACAGUCCAAUUUCCACCUAUCCUUGAACCGUCGGCCGUUGCAGUCAUCUUUUUUGUUGUUGUUGUUGAUUGUCGCCAUUUUAGAAAAUUGGGAGUAAAGGGCCACAUGGGGUAAUGUUGCUUAGAGUGCUGCUGCCUUUUCGUGGGUAAAUGUGGAGCAGCAUUUAGUGUGUAAGAUACUUCAUACGCUGGUAGCAGUUCUGCUGACGAAUUUAUAAAGUCUGUUUGUGGGCCAGAUGUUAUUGAUUUUAUGACAGAUGCUGGGGGCCGGAUGAAAUUUGACCACGGGCCGCAUUUGGCCCCCGGGCCGGACUUUGGACAUGUCUGAUAUAUAAGAAGAGACGCAAGCUUCUCUCUAAUAUCACUGUAAUUGGUAUUUCAGGGACGUGUAGCGCCUUUUUUUCAGUGCGACAUUUGUGUACAGUGUUGAACACCUACGUAACUCGUUUAGCUAACUUCAAAGUAAACUUUGUUUCUAAAUAAAACAUGGCCAGCACAAGGUAUAUGUGUGUCUGUGUUUUUUGAGUUUUUUUAUUACCUUUUCAUUCCCUUAAAAAAUAUCUUUCGCCUGUAUUACCCUCUCAUACUUUUAACCAUUGUUUUUUGUGGUAGCUUUAAAGCAUUUGACCACAUUAGUCACAUAGCCUAUUUAAACCAUCCUUAUUUGAUAUAACUACAUUUGAAUCUUUUUUUAGUACGUUCUACCUGUAUGCAUCUAAACAAAACAAGUUGACAGCACACGGUAGUACUUUGGGUGUCAAAUUCGCCUCAUAUAGGAUUUUUCGCUGAUGUAGGACAUUUUGGCAGAACGCCGGAACAUAUGUCCUCCACACCCUUCUCACCUUUUUAACCCCUGACCCAUUUUCAUGCCGGAUCUUCUGUUUUCAAGACCUUUAGUUGUUUGUCGUGACGUUUGGAUGGCUUCCUCAGUCUACCAGUACACCUAACUUCAAAUACUUUGCCAUGCUGUUUGUACUUGGUCCAGCUUUUUGUUACAGCUGACUGUGAACAGCCCACAUCUUUGGCAACCAUACGUGUAGCGUUACCCUCUUCAAGAAAAUUGAUAAUCCUCUCCUUGGUCUCCAGAGACAUCGCUCUUGUUGGAGCCAUGAUUCUUGUGAAUCCACUUGUUCCAGCAGCCCUCCAAGGUGUGAUAACGGCACUGUUUUUAACUGCUUACUAACGAGCAUACUGUAUCUAAUCUGAGGCAGGGGCUCAAUUAAGGAAAGGUAAUUGACUGGGUGUAUCUGUAAUUUCUACUCAAAGUGAGUCCAUAUUUUUUUUCUUCACAGUGGAGUGAUUCUAUAUUUCCCUGCACGUGCUCACUAAAAGUAAUAUUUACUGACCACCACAAUGUUUUUAUUCUUUUCUUUUAAUGUUUCGGAAUGCCAAAGAGUUGCACUUUUCAUUCACAAUUCAUUAUUUUUUCAAGCUUUUAAUCUGAGUUUGUUUUACAUAAUAAAAUGUCUGAGUGAGUGCUUGUCCGAGACUGGUGAUUCCAUACUUUUUUUCUAGGGGUUGUAUAUAGACAAGUUUCCAGAGCGAAAUAUGGGCGGCGCCAUUUUGGAAAAUAUUUGCUCCGAACUUUCGGUUUAGAAAGAACAACAUGAAUAGGAAAUGGGACAUACUAUGUCAUUGUUUGGGUACGCCGCCAUGUUGGUAACAUGAAUUACUUCCGGUCCAGCAGACUCAUCGCAGAUUGUAAUUUGUGGUUGUGCUAAGAUAAUUCCUUCGUUGUAUUUAAAAGAAAAAAAUGGGUGUACAAUGUUGUGUGACUGGGUGCAGCAGCGCCUCCCACAACGGAAAAGGGGUGAAGAAAACUGCACUCACUUUUCACUGAUUUCCUGCAUGGAGGACCAUUAAAGGGGACUAAAUAUAGGCGUGACGGAUGGCUUGAGCUGCGGCGGUUCGUCCGAAAAGCAUAUCUUUUCCCCAUAUUUCUGCUGGAAUGAGAGCGUGUUCCCGUCAUUUCUACUCUGGCGAUAACAUAGUGGAGAUUGGGGCCAACUGGAUCCACGGGCCUUCCGAGGAGAACCCGGUGUUUUGUUUGGCACGGCAAUAUGGCCUGCUGGAUCCAGAUGCCCUCACCCCGGAGAACCAAGCGAUGGACGUUAGAGGACAUCCUCCAUGGAUCCCCAAUGUCUUCACCAGUUCAGGUCGCAAGUUGAACUUCGAGGAUGUUUACCCCGCUGUGGAGAUGUUUGGUGAGCUUAUGGAAGAGAGUGCAGAGUUUCUGGAGAAGGGCGGAGAACCCUGGCCCAGCGUAGGCCAGUUCAUACGUGCGGAGGUGUUACAAAGAUCAGCAGAGAAGUGGAAAGAAGACAAUGCAAGCUCCUUGAAGCGCUCUAUGAUCAGCACCAUGUUAAAGGUGGAGUGUUGUGUUAAUGGUACUCACAGCUUGGAUGACCUAGGCCUGGGUGUGAAUGGCCUCUAUAAAACUAUUUUGGGACUUGACUGCACCUUCCCAGGAGGUUACGAAGGUCUAGUAAGAAACCUGAUGUCGGAGAUGCCCGCUGAUCUGGUGACCUACAACCAGCCUGUUCGCUGUAUCCACUGGAACAACUCUGGCAAGAAAGACGUGAAAGUUGAGUGCGAGGACGGGAAGAUGGUGGCUGCUGAUCACGUGAUUGUCACAGUUCCUUUAGGUUACUUAAAGAAGCACUUUACCUCACUGUUUCAUCCUCCUCUUCCUCUGCACAAAAUGCUUUCCAUCCAGAGGAUGGGUUUUGGUACCAACAAUAAAAUAUUUGUGGAAUUUGAUUCACCCUGGUGGGAUAAAGACUGCCAGGUCAUCUAUAUGGUGUGGGAAGAUGAGGACGCCAUGAUGGACCAGGUGAAUGAUAUUCCAGGAUCCUGGAUAAAGAAAUUGUUCGGCUUUACUGUGUUGAAACCUACCGAAAGGUUUGGCCAUGUUUUAUGUGGCUGGAUUGCUGGGCAUGAAGCAAGUUACAUGGAGACAUUGUCUGAACAGGAGGUCCUGAAUGCUGUCACACAACUCGUGCGCAGGUUCACUGGUAAUCCCAUUAUCACUCCACGGAGAGUCCUAACCUCCAAGUGGUUUCACGACCCCUGGACAUGCGGAUCGUACAGUUAUCCUGCAAUAGGUUGCUCAUUGCAGGAUAUUGAGAACAUGAUGGAGCCUUUGCCAUCCAAGCAAUCACUCUCACAACCGCUGCAGGUGUUGUUUGCUGGAGAAGCGACUCAUCCCUGCUACUUCUCCACUGUGCAUGGAGCUCUUCUCACUGGCUGGAGGGAAGCUGACAGGCUCCUCGCUCAUUAUUCCUCUACUCAGCCAGCACAGCCACCCAAGUCAAAGCUUUGAAGGAAAUGUGCUGUUUAGACAUGCACGUUUUUUUUAUUUCAAUGUAGCUUGAUUUCAAUGUUGAUACAGAUUAAUAUAUCUACUGUAAGAACAAUUGCCGCCGCUUCGGAUGCCAACAUUAGAUUUGAAAGAAUGAGAAAUGCAACCCCCUUUUCACAUCAGUUAAAAGGUUUACUACAUAACUAUCUGCACUACUACACUCAUCAUUCAAGUACAGUGUUAUUAAGCUUUACACACAGCUACAAGUCUGUCUAUAAGCCAUUCAUAUACUGUUUGAAGUUGUGUGUUCAUAACAUGUAAUUAUUGGGUCUCAUUUCAGAGUAUGAUCAUAAUUUCUUUUUCAUUAAGAUCUAAUCUAAGAAAAAUAUAAUGUUCUAUUUUGCUUUGAGAGUUUUGCAUUUUCACAUCUAAAUUCUGCCAAUAUUCCACUGCAUUUGAUCUUACCAUCACCAUUAUGUUUGUCUCAACCAAGGGCGUAGGUUUGGUCUCAACAUUGACAUAACAGCAUAACCUGCAUGGACACUUUUUGCUGGGGAGGGGACGUUAAUAAGACCAAACACAUUAGGUGAACGAGGGUCAGGGCUACAUUUCUCACAACUACAGUGGUAUGAAAAAGUAUUUGAACCUUUUGGAAUUUCUCACAUUUCCAUUUAUAUCCCAGUGCGGCUUAUCUAUGAACAAAUGUCGUUUUCGUGUCAAAUUUGGUGGGUGGCGGCUUUAAGUCAGGUGCGCCUUAUAGUGCGAAAAUUAUGGUAAAACAAUGGCCAAGAAUGGUGUUCAUGGGAGGACUCCAUGGAGGAAGCCACUGCUGUCUAAAAAAAACCUUGUUGCUUGUUUAAUGUUCGCAAAAAAGGCGCUUGGACACUCCACAGAAGUUUUGGCAAAAUAUUUUGUGGACUGAUUAAACCAAAGUUGAAUUGUUUAGGAGUAUCACACAAUGUCAUGUGUGGAGGAAAAAUGAAACAGCUCACCAACAUCAACACUUCGUCCACACCGUGAAGCAUGGUGGCGGGAGCAUCAUAAUUUGGGGCUGUUUUGCUACCUCAUAGCUUGGACAACUUGUAAUCAUUAAUGGAAGAAUGAAUUCAAAAGUUUAUGAGGAUGUUUUGCAGGAAAAACCUGAGGCCGUCUGUCAGACCUUUGAAGCUUAAAAGAGGACGGAUGCUGCAACAAGACAAUGAUCGAAAACACAAAAGUAAAUCAACUUCAGAAUGGUUUCAGAAGAACAAAAUACACGUUGACACGAGAAUGCCAAUACUUUUGUUCGACCCAUUUUUGAAGUUUUGUGUAAAAUGAUAAUGAUUUAAUUUGUUUUCCCAUUCUCUUUUGUGUUAUUUCAUUGCAAGCAAAACAAAUGAAGAUAUUAUUACCAAACCAUUUGUAAUUGCAAUCAUUUUCAGGGAGAAACUGAGCAUUAUCUGACAGAAUUGCAGGGGUGCCAAUACUUUUGGCCAGCAGUGUAAAUGCAAAUUUACGAGUGAAAAAAACCUAUGUUUACUGCCUUUCAUAACGAACUCCUUUCCUCUCCUUUACUAAAAGCCUUGAAAUAAUGAACAGUAAAAUGCGCUGAAACAUGUUAAUUUUUUUGUAAAAUAUGACUUAGAAAAAUACCCUUGCAAUUUUAUUGUUAUUAUUAUUAUUUUUUCUUUUUUCUAUACUCUGUAUCCUAUAGCAUGCACCGGUUCAAAGUUGUCAUAAAAAGUA